AUUACGUUCAUCUCCUUCCCCAUGUAUCACAGUAGGCCACAUGUCAUCACGCAGCCAAGACUUCAAGUACCUAUCACCUGGUCACUGGCCGCUGCGUCUCGUUCCUGAGGGACAGAUCGUUGGGAAUUGGAUAGCAGCUGCCUGUAUGGGUUAGAGGGCGAUGUGCAUCAAUUGAGAGGGCGACGAGUUGCUUGGGCCGAGUGCGAGGAGUAUAUAUGAUGCUAUGUUCUCUGGUUAGGAUGAGCAGCUCUUUCCUCGUUUAAGCUUUGCAAUUGUCAAGAUGAGGUUCGAUUUGCUCAUUGCCGGUGCCGGCCUGGUCUCUUCUGUCAGCGCUGCAAAGCCUAACAAAUUUGUCAACCAGAAGGACUUGAUCAAGGAUGUCAAGCUCAAGAAUCUGAUCAAGGGUUCUGAGAAGCUCCAGAGGAUGGCCGACAAAUACGGUGGAAACCGAGCAUUCGGCGGCGGCGGUCACAACGCCACCACUGAAUGGCUCUACGACAGCUUGAAAAAGUACGGCGAUGACUACUGGGAGGUUUACAAGCAGCCCUUCGUUGAGCUCUUCACUGCCGCGACCGUCAAGCUCACAGUUGCCGGCGCCGACACACAGGCCGACUACCUCACCUACGGCCCUGCCGCCAACAACGUCGGCGGUAACCUCGUCAAAGUUAACAACCUAGGCUGCGAUGCUGCUGAUUACCCCGCCGGCGUCUCUGGCAACUUGGCGCUUAUCUCGCGUGGAACAUGCACCUUCGCCCUCAAAGCCGCCAACGCGAAGACUGCCGGCGCCUCCGGUGCUAUCAUCUACAACAACGUUCCAGCUCAGCCUCUCGCCGGAACUCUCGGUGGAGACGGCGACUACACGCCUGUGGUUGGUGUUACGCAGGAGAUCGGUAACGAACUCCUUGCCAAGGUGGGCAACAGCACCGCUGUACCCGCGACCCUUUUCAUCGACACAAUCCGCGAGAACCGCACCAACUACAAUGUGAUUGCCGAGACCAAGGGUGGAGAUAAGAGCAACAUCCUUAUGAUCGGUGGACACACCGAUUCCGUGUACGCCGGUCCCGGAAUCAACGACGACGGCUCCGGCACAAUCGGCGUUCUCGUUGUCGCCGAGGCGCUCGCAAAGUACAAAGUCAAGAACGCCGUGCGUCUCGGAUUCUGGGGCGCAGAAGAGUUCGGUAAGCUGGGCUCUUUCCACUACCUCAAGACACUGAACGGCUCUAUCUCCGGAGGUCCAGAAGAGGUCAGCAAGAUCCGCGCAUACCUCAACUUCGACAUGAUCGCGUCGCCGAACUACGUCUACGGCAUCUACGACGGCGAUGGCAGUGCCUUUAACUUCUCCGGCCCCGCGGGUUCUGACACCAUCGAGAAGGACUUCGAGAAGUUCUACGAGGCGAACGGUGAGGCUCAUGUCCCGAGUUUGUUCACUCUGCGCUCCGAUUAUGCCGCCUUCCUUGAGAAUGGCAUCCCCUCCGGCGGCCUAUUCACCGGCGCUGAGGUCCUGAAGACGGAGGAGGAGGCGCAGAUGUUUGGUGGCGAGGCGGGUGUUGCGCUCGAUGCUUGUUACCACCAGAAGUGCGAUGACAUUAACAACUUGAACCAUGACGCGUACCUACUCAACACCCAGAGUAUCGCAAACUCAGUGGCCAAGUAUUCAAUGAGCUGGGAUGGUAUUCCGAGGCCUAACGCUACGUUGAGGAAGAGGGAUGCUGGCAAGGCGCGGUUUGCGGCGCGCUUUGAUAAGGGCGGACAUGACCACCAUGGCCAGCCUUGCGGCGCUGGACACGAUGAGUUGUAGUUCUUUUGUUAUUAGCGAUGAUACCAUGAUCAGAUGAUGUUGUAGCUAUAUGAAAAGUAAUACAUGUGAUUGAACACCA